AUGAAAGAAGCUGCUGAUGAAGCAUCUCGGACAACUGCAGCUCAGUAUGAAAGUGUAUGGCAAAGGAUGAUGAAAGUAAAUGAGAAAUCCGAACAAGAGCUUCAAGAUCUGAGGAAACAGUUAACUCAGGAGAGGGAAGGUUUCUUGGCAUCUGUGGCAAAAUCCUUGAAACGGGUCAGUGGUGGGGUGACAAGUACCAAUGCCACGAUGGAACCCGAGAGCCUGGAAGACAGCAUGCGAAAGGCUCAGGAAGAUGCUGAGAUCUUGAAAUCAGUGGUUCUUCCCCUGGAGGAAGAGAUAAAAUCUCUGAAGAACCAGGUGCAAGAAUCAGAUGAAAAAGUUAAAGAUCUGGAAAAACAGUUGGCUGAGGUUUCUGUUGAUGAAGCCAUGGCAAAAGUGUGUGAAGCCAAGAAAUCUCCCUCUCUACCAGAAUUCGAUGAAAAUACCGAACCGGAAGAAAAGAUCCAACAGCUGAUGAAGUAUUUAAAAGUUGAAAAAUCAUCACGCACAGACCUUGAGAUGUUUGUGGCUGUCCUCAACACCCAGAAGUCAGUGCUGCAAACAGAAAAUGAGACCCUAAAGUCCGAGUUGCAUGAAGUUUGUCGAAUGUUGGAAGAUGAGAAGCGUGUCCACAAUGACCUGAAACGUACAUGGCAAAUGGCUAAUGACCAAUUCUUGGAGUCUCAGCGUUUGAUGAUGAUGGAUAUGCGACGGAUGGAGAGUGUAUUGACUACUGAACAGCAAAGGCAAAUAGCAGAACUUCAGCAAAAAGAUCUUGAACGUGACGCUCAGGAACGAAGAGUGAAGGAAUUGGAAGAGAUGAGAGAAAAACAACAAAGGGAACAAGAAAAGAGAAGAAAAGAGAUACUUCAAAGGCAACAAGCCAGUCCUGUCAAAAGUCCACUAACCAAAGUGGCCAGCAGUGACCACCAGGCUCAGCAGCAACGCACAACGCCCUCGGUGUCCAGUAGUCUCAUCGAUCUUACUGUGGAGGACAACAUUAAUGCCAGUGUGAAAAAGUCUUUCUCCAGCUCCGAUGUUUCUGAUAUACAUGGUCAAGACUUCUUGGAUUCCAACUUGUUAGGAACGCCAAUGAGCGAGUCAAUGUCAAAUACCAUCCGGAUCAGCCCUGAGAAAACCAUUACACUGCCGUCUCUCACAGAGGCUCAACUGCGUGCAAUCACUGACCCAACUCCUGAGGCAGAAGCUCACAAUUCCUUGCUGGCCAGUGUAAAAGCAAAAACAGAUGCAAUUUCUUUGGAAGGGCGUAGGGUUGUCAGUGAAAAGGAAUGGGAACUUUUGCAGCAAGAGGUCAAAAGUCUGGAAAAACAAAUGGGUUUUUACUGCACAAUAAACACUGUUUUUACGGCAUUUUUCUUUCUUUUCUUCCUCUCUCUCUCCCCACCUCUCUCUCUCUCUCCCCACCUCUCUCUCUCUCCCCACCUCUCUCUCUCCCACCUCUCUCUCUCUCCCCCACCUCUCUCUCUCUCCCCCCUCCUCUCUCUCUCCACUCUCUCUCUCCCACCUCUCUCUCUCCCCCUCUCUCUCUCCCCCCUCUCUCUCCCACCUCUCUCUCUCCCCACUCUCUCUCCCCCACCUCUCUCUCUCCCCACCUCUCUCUCUCCCCACUCUCUCUCCCCACCUCUCUCCUCUCUCCACCUCUCUCUCCCCUCCCCCAAACCUCUCUCUCUCCCACAUCUCCCCCCUUCUUGUAGCAAUUGA